AUGUCUGACAAGCAAACCUCCACUCUCCAGUCGUACAUCGACUCUGCCUCUGGCGCCGCUCAGUCCGCCCUUGGCUCUCUCAUCGGUAGCAACGCCGACAAGAAUGCUGGCGAGAACAAGAAGGCCGAGGCCGAGAUCAAGCACGAUGCUUCGCACGCCGGUGCCAACGUCGGCGGCUACAGCGUCUCCGCCUCUGGCAUCGCCCAAAACGAUCCCAACCGCAGCGAGGGUUCCUGGAACCAGACCGUCGGCUCUGGCAAGGAGGCCCUUGGCAACCUCGUCGGCAACGAGUCUUUGAAGAAGCAGGGAGUUCAGCAGAACGCCGAGGGCAAGGAGCAGGAGGCCAAGGGACAACUCAACGAUCUCGGCUCCGGUAUUGCCGACCGCGUCUCUGGUACCGUCGGUGGUGCCGUCGCCAGCGUUACUGGCAACCAGGCUGACAAGGCCAAGUACGAGGCCAAGCACGACGAGGGCAAGACUCAGCAGCGUGGUGUUGAGGCCGACCUCGACAAGCAGGCCAGAGCUUAA